UAACCUAAAUUUUAUAUCAUAUUCUUACAAAUUGUUUUUAAUUCUUAUAAAACCAAAAAAAAAAAAAAGAAAAAGAACCCAACCGGCCAUAAAUAGGUAUAGAUCAUGUCGCUAGCUCGUCGUUAUUCCCGACUGCCGGCGCCUGGGGCGAUGCUGAAGCUGGUGCAGGCCUCGGAGGCGGCUCUGGAGGAGUCCGCUCUGGAUUUCUAUGAGAAGAGCAACUUGACUUGGCGCUCGCAGUACACGAAUCCGUCCCUGGCCCGGCUCGGCAUCGGCACCGAGUUCCUACCGGCGAAGAGCAAGCGGCACAAGUCGUCGACGAACGGCGACACAGAAUCGGAGAAUCAACAGAAUGGAUGGUCGUGUCUGGUCAAUCGCUGUCGCAUCUGAAAUGCUGUCGGCCAGCGACUGACCCGUCCCAACGGAUACCGCCGCACUUUUAUAUAUGUAUGUAAUCUCUYAAUGCUCUCUCGCUCAUUGACGWCUGCUCGCUGUGUCUCUCUGUCUC